AUGUCGGAGCGACAUUCAGCCCCACGGCCCGUCGGGCGUGCGUUCCGACCAGAAAUCAUGGAUGCGGAGGCGAAUCCAGAUCUCUAUGGCCUACGUCGCUCAGGUCGCGCGCCGACGCGCAAGUCGUACGUGACCGAGGAUGACGACGACGCCAAUGAGGACGAAGAGGUUGAGGACGAAGAGAACGACAUCCUGCCCGACGAGUCGGAGGAUGACGAUGACGACUUUGGCGGCCGGCAAACUCGGAAGAGGCGCCCACAGAGCGAGUCCGUAUGGGGCCCUCCGGUUCGCAUGUCGUCUCGGCAAUCGAGUCGAGUGACCAACUACGCCGACGACUACCACGGCAUCUCAGACGACGACGUAUUCGAGGACGAAGCGUACGACGUCGUGCCUGCCACCGAGCCUGCCGAAGAGCUCGAUCAGAUCGAGGGCGUGUUCGGCCAUGAGCGUGACGAAGCACAUCUCGAUGAUCCAGAAGAUAUUCCCACACAAAACAUGCGCUUUGUGAUCAAGUGGCGCGGAUACUCACAUUUGCACGAUACACACGAACUCUACGACUUCCUGCAGCGGUUCCCAGGCGCAAAGCGCGUGUCCAACUAUAUCAAGUCCGUGUGGCAGCCGCUGCACGACAUCUCGACGAACCCCGACGCGACGCGCGAAGACGUCGAGGCCCUCCAGAUCCAGCGCGAACGGCAGCGCGAACUGCUCGAGCUCUUCCGCACCGUCGAGCGCGUCAUCGCCCAGCGCGAUAGCCCGCCCACCAAAGAUGUGCCAUACGCCCACGCUGAGUACUUGUGUAAAUGGAAAGAGCUCGGAUACGACCAGUGCUCUUGGGAAUCCGAAGCUGAUAUCGCGCCCAUCGCGCAGGACCAAAUCAAUGCGUACCUUGCGCGCGCUACGUCUGUCACAGUGCCGUCACGCAGCGAGACAUUCAGCCGAGGGCGACCGCCCUACGUCCGCAUGACCGAACAGCCCAAAUACAUCGGGGAGCGCGGCACACUGAAAGACUUCCAAAUGACCGGUCUCAACUGGCUCGCCUACCUCUGGAGUCACGGCGAGAAUGGCAUUCUGGCCGAUGAGAUGGGUCUCGGCAAAACAGUGCAAACCGUCGCCUUCUUCUCGUACCUGUUCCAUUCAUGCUACCAGUAUGGUCCCUUCCUGAUCGUCGUACCGCUCUCUACGCUCCCAUCAUGGCUCGUCCAAUUCGAACAUUGGGCACCUGACAUGAACGUGGUCGCCUACAUCGGCAACUCCCAGAGCCGCGAAAUGAUCCGUGAGUACGAGUUCGGACCGCCGCGCAAAAUGCGUCUGAAUGUACUUGUAACGACGUACGAGUUUAUCCUCAAAGAUCGCGCUGAACUCUCACACAUCAAAUGGCAGUUCCUGGCUGUCGACGAGGCGCAUAGGCUCAAGAAUGCCGAGUCACUACUGUACGAGGCACUCAGCUCGUUCCACUGUGCCGGCAAACUUCUCAUCACCGGCACACCGCUCCAAAACAAUGUGCGCGAACUUUCCGCCCUACUCCACUUUUUGCGGCCGGAUCAGUUUGACUUGGAGGUCGACUUUGAUAUCUCGAAUGUGGAUCAGGCCAAAAUUCAGGAACUGCACGAGCGCUUGGAAAAUGUCAUGCUUCGACGGCUGAAGCGCGACGUGGCCAAAGAGCUUCCCACCAAAACCGAACAGAUUCUUCGCGUGGAAAUGUCCGCGAUGCAGCAGCGCAUGUACAAGGCCAUCCUAACUCGCAACUAUUCCCUGCUAAGUGGCACCCAUUCGACGCAGUUCUCGCUGCUCAACAUUGCUAUCGAGUUGAAAAAGGCGUCGAACCAUCCGUACCUCUUCGAUGGUGUCGAAACGCCCAGCGCGUCGCGUGAGGAAACGCUCCGUGGCCUGAUUAUGCACAGCGGUAAGAUGGUGCUGCUGGACAAACUGCUGGCGCGCCUCAAGGCAGACGGACACCGUGUGCUCAUCUUCAGUCAGAUGGUGCACAUGCUUGACAUCAUUUCCGACUACCUAUCGCUUCGCGGCUAUGUGCACCAGCGUCUGGAUGGCACCGUGUCGUCCGACACGCGCAAACGCGCCAUUGACCACUUUAACGCGCCCAACUCUCCUGACUUUUGCUUCAUUCUUUCCACGCGAGCAGGUGGCCUUGGCAUCAAUCUCGAAACGGCCGACACAGUCAUCAUCUUUGACAGCGAUUGGAACCCGCAGAACGACUUACAGGCUAUGUCUCGCGCCCACCGCCUGAAUUCCAAGUUUCACAUCAGCGUGUUCCGCUUUCUCACGAAGGGCACCGUCGAAGAGGAUGUGUUGGAGCGUGCGAAGCAAAAAAUGGUGCUGGAAUAUGCCAUUAUCCACCAGAUGGACACAUCCGGCACGAACUUUGCGCCCAAGUCACUGUCCAAGUCCUCGCAAAACUUUAGUCGAGAAGAGCUCGGUGCCAUUCUGAAAUUUGGUGCGCAGAGCAUGUUCAAGAGUGACGAGGAUGGUCAGCAAAAGAAGCUGGACGAGAUGGAUCUCGACGACAUUCUGCAGCAUGCCGAGGCACGAGAUACCGAAGCGGACAGCAAUACGGCGGUGUCUGGCAGUCAGGCAUUCUUGCAGCAGUUUGCCCAGGUGCAAGACUUUAAGACGGACGACGUGUCGUGGGACGACAUCAUUCCAGCUGAGGACCGUGCGAAGGCCGAGGAAGAAGAGCGCAAACAGGCUGUCGAGAGUGCGAUGGCAGCCUCUUCAUCGCGGCGCAGGGCAGCCGUGGCGUCUAAUGCUGCCACUGUCCAUGCAGCCGCCGAAGAAGAGAGCGAGACGCCCAAGUCCAAAGGCAGCGCGGCACGCAAAACAUCCGGCCAACGUUCGCUGGAGCUCAAGGAACGUGACGUGCGUGUACUGCUGCGCGGUAUUCAGCGCUGGGGCGACCUGCGUUACCGGUACAAUGAAAUUGUGUCGGAGGGCAAACUGCAGGAUAAGAACCGUUCCGUGCUCAUGCAAGCAUCGAGUGAACUCGUUGGCUUAGCGGAGGAAAAGCUGGCAGAGCACCAUGCUUUUCUCAAAGGCAAGCAGGAGCGUGGCGAAGAAAUCACCUCGGCUCUUCGGCAGCGCGCAGUGCUGAUCAACUACCGCGGCAUCUCACACAUCAACGCCGAGACGCUGCUGAUUCGGCAUCACGAGCUCCAUCUGCUGGCCGAGAUCCUCGAGCAGGUCGACGAUGUAAAGCAAUGGCGGAUACCCACCGAGUCGCUCAAGAGCACCCUGAACUGGCACUGUGAAUGGGGCCCCGCUCAAGAUGCCAUGCUACUCGUUGGCAUCUGGCGGCAUGGCUUUGGGUCCUGGGAGCAAAUCGAAGCAGAUGCUGAGCUGGGCCUGCAUGGCCGCUUCUUUUUGGAGGAAGGCAAGCGGCACACUGAUACCAAGGAGGAAGACGACGCGGGUCCUAAGGGCAAGGCGCCCGGAGCUGGACGAUCGCGACCGAUUCCCAAUGCCAUUCAUCUCGUGCGUCGCGGCGACUACCUGCUGAAGACGCUGCGCGAAUGUACGCAAAGACGGGAUGACGACAAGCCUCGCAAGAAGCAGACAUCGCGAUCUGAGAGCAGGAGUAGCAAGCGAGGUGCGGCGCAGUACUCUUCGGAUGAAAAUGAAGACGACGAUGGAUACGCCAGCAUGGAUGAACUGGAAUGCAAGGAGCUGAUGCGCCCGUGCAAGAAGCAGCUCAAGACUCUGAAGGAUGAUACGGAGCAUCUGGAACGCGAUAAGAAAAUCGCGACACUGAAAGAAUGCCUCUCGGCCAUCGGAACCCACAUCGACCAUAUCAUUGCGAGCAAAUUUGCGCGCCUGCCUAAAGCGCGCCAGCAAAAAUGGUACGAGCACCUAUGGGCCUUUGUGUCGUUCUUCUGGCCCAAGAAGGUGGAGCCGGAGAAGUUGCGUGCCAUCUAUGCCAAGCUCACGGGCGCAGAUCCCGCGAAGCGCAAGGCCUCUGAUCACGCUGAGCCUGCUCCCAAAAAGCCACGUAGCUCUACGUAA